UUCGCCAGCAUUACAACCAAGCUUCGCUUGAAUUUAAUACGUCAAGCUGGUCGAACCACCCUUUUUCAUAAAUUUAUUUAACACGUCAAGGCCGAGUUCAACAAAGUGUGUAAGCUCAAAAAAUUCCAAAAAUGGGUGACCCUACUAAUGUUGGAGAUGAUUCUUCUAAACAUUUCGGUACCGUGGACUACCUCGUGUUUACCCUAAUGCUCGCCAUAUCUGCCGGAAUUGGGGUAUUUUACGGUUGUUUUAGUAAACGACAAAAGACUACGAAGGAUUUCUUAAUGGGGGGUAGAAACAUGGGAACAAUCCCGGUCACCUUGUCACUCUUGGCGUCGUUCUUUUCCGCCAUUGCACUACUUUCCGUCCCUGCAGAAAUAUAUUUAAAUGGCACCGUAUACGUCAUGAUUGGACCCUCGUACUUUGCAGCUUUGGGGGUUUCGGCUUAUCUGUAUUUGCCCGUAUUUUAUAACCUACAAUUAACCUCAGCAUAUGAAUAUUUAGAAUUGCGAUUUUCUAAACCUGUCAGAAUUCUUGCUUCGGUAGUGUUUGCAAUACAAAUGAUACUUUACAUGUCCGUCGUUAUCUACGCUCCAGCACUUGCCCUCAGUCAAGUUACCGGUUUACAUCUUUACGGCUGUGUGACAACUUUAUUUGGCAUCGUCAUUUUCUACACCGCCUUGGGAGGAAUAAAAUCAGUCAUGUGGACCGACGUAGUGCAAAUUAUUGUAAUGUUUGGUGCCAUGAUUGUCGUCCUGGUGAAAGGUGGAAUUGACUUGGGUGGAUUUGGAAACAUUUGGAAGGUUGCCGUCGACAGUGGACACAUCGAAUAUUUCGACUUUGAUCCCGAUCCGAGGACUCGACAGACCACGUGGACCUUAUGGAUUGGGGCAUUUUUCAUGUGGCUGGCGAUCUAUGGAGUCAAUCAAGCACAGGUUCAACGUUAUCUUACCCUCCCAACUAUACGACAAGCAAAAACGGCCAUCUGGCUAAAUGCUUUCGGUCUUCUUGGUUUAUUAACUCUCAAUUGUAUGACUGGGUUGGUAAUUUUUGCAAAAUAUUCGAAAUGCGACCCACUCCUGUCAAAGCGAAUAAGGACAACGGACCAGUUACUCCCGAUAUUCGUGAUGGAUACGCUAGGCGAUUUUAAUGGUUUUCCUGGCUUAUUCGUUGCAGGAAUAUUCUCGGGAGCGUUGAGCACCGUGUCCAGCGGACUCAACAGCUUGGCCUCCAUAACUCUUGAAGACUACGUGAAGUAUUUCUACCCCAACAUUAAUGACCGCAGGGCGACGAAUAUUUCCAAAAUUUCCGCCAUCAUUUACGGACUAUUAUCUUUUGGCCUAGUUUUUAUUGCUGAAAAAUUAGGCGGCAUUUUUGACGUUUCUUUCAGCAUCUUCGGAAUGAUUGGAGGCCCGUUAUUGGGAGUGUUCAAUUUAGGAAUGUUUGUUCCUUGGUGUAACUCCAAGGGUGCAUUUUGGGGCACCUUUACUUCUCUCGUGGUCAUGUUAUGGUUGGGGAUUGGAACGUCCUUGGCGAAUAGUGGGAAACCUUCAGUGUCGAAAUUGACAUUAAGUGUCGAAGGAUGUUCCAAUUUUACCACAGCGCCGUCUAAUUUUCUUAAUCAGACUGCAAAAAGUGACGAGAUAUCCGAAUUUUACAAAAUAUCCUACUACUGGUACACCCUGAUCGGAUGCUGUGUCAACAUGCUGGUUGGAACAGUGGUCAGUUUCCUCACUGGCAAACAGGAUCCUCGAGACCUGAACCCACAGCUUAUCAGUCCGCCUUGUGAUCAAUUUGUCAAGAAAUUUGUUCCGUUGCACAUACAGCAAAAAAUAUACUGGGAUUUGGGAGCGCACAUCAAUGGAGAUAUUUAUAAAAAUCAGAUGCAUAAUGGGAACCAUGAACUUGGUGAAAUUAAUGGAAAAAGUUAACCAGCAGUAAUAAAUUGUUAAGCAAAAUAAAUAACAUCGCAUUUUAGCGUCGAAAGUAAAUCUAA